CGCCGGGCCCCGAGAGGGAAGGCGCUCGCCGGCAGCCAUGGAGCUGGCGGACGGCGUGGUGUACCAGGAGGACCCCGGCGGCCCCGGCCCCGCCAUGAUGUCGGAGCGGGUGUCGGGGCUGGCGGGCUCCAUCUACCGCGAGUUCGAGCGGCUCAUCGGGCGCUACGACGAGGAGGUGGUGGCCGAGCUGAUGCCGCUGGUGGUGGCCGUCCUGGAGAACCUGGACUCGGUGUGCGCCCACAGCCAGGAGACCAGCGUGGAGCUGGAGCUGCUGCGGGACGACAACGAGCAGCUCCUCACGCAGUACGAGCGGGAGAAGGCGCUGCGCAAGCAGGCCGAGGAGAAAUUCAUCGAGUUUGAAGAUUCUCAAGAACAAGAGAAAAAGGACUUACAGACCAGAGUGGAAGCAUUAGAAUCGCAAACUCGACAGCUUGAAUUAAAAGCAAAAAACUAUGCUGAUCAAAUUAGCAGACUUGAGGAGAGGGAGGCAGAACUCAAGAAAGAAUACAAUGCGCUUCACUCAAGACAUACAGAGAUGAUUCACAAUUAUAUGGAGCACUUGGAAAGAACCAAACUUCAUCAGCUAACAGGGGGCGAUCAGCUAGAAUCCACAACGCACAGUAGAAUUAGAAAGGAGCGUCCGAUAUCACUGGGCAUCUUCCCAUUACCUCCAGGAGAUGCACUACUUACACCUGAAACUCAGAGAGAAGCGGGGGAAACACCUGGGUCAGAGCACUGGAAAUUCCACGAGCUAAGCCAGCCACGGUCCCACACAAGCCUAAAGGAUGAGCUCUCUGAUGUUAGCCAAGCAGGCUCAAAAUCUACUACUCCAGCAUCCACAGCUGCUUCAGAUGUACCUGUGCUGCCUGCUGAAACUCCUCAAAAGGAAGAUGUUGAAGGGCUUGCAAAGGACACAGAUAUGCCGAAUGAGAAGCUGGACGUAAGCAAGAAUAUUGAAGUACAGGUAGCUCAAGAGACAAGAAAUGUGUCCACUGGUGGAAAUGAAAAUGAAGAAAAAUCUGAAGUUCAGGCAAUCAUUGAGUCAACUCCAGAGUUGGAUAUGGAUAAAGAUCUCAGUGGAUAUAAGGGUUCCAGCACUCCUACCAAAGGCAUAGAGAACAAAGCGUUUGACCGUAAUACAGAGUCACUCUUUGAAGAGCUGUCAUCUGCUGGUUCUGGCCUAAUUGGAGAUGUGGAUGAAGGUGCAGAUUUACUGGGAAUGGGUCGUGAGGUUGAAAACCUUAUUUUGGAAAACACUCAGCUGUUGGAGACAAAAAAUGCACUGAAUGUAGUGAAGAAUGAUUUGAUAGCAAAGGUGGAUGAAUUGACCUGUGAGAAGGAUGUACUGCAAGGUGAAUUAGAGGCUGUAAAACAAGCAAAACAAAAGCUUGAAGAGAAGAAUAAGGAACUGGAAGAAGAGCUGAGAAAAGCUCGUGCAGAAGCAGAGGAAGCAAGACAGAAAGCUAAAGAGGAUGAUGAUAGUGAUGUCCCCACCGCUCAGCGGAAGCGUUUUACUCGUGUUGAAAUGGCCCGUGUUCUGAUGGAAAGAAACCAGUAUAAAGAGAGGUUGAUGGAGCUUCAGGAAGCUGUCCGAUGGACUGAGAUGAUAAGAGCAUCAAGAGAAAAUCCAGCCAUGCAAGAAAAGAAGAGAUCAAGCAUUUGGCAGUUUUUUAGCAGGCUCUUCAGUUCAUCUAGCAAUACAGCUAAGAAACCAGAACCUCCUGUCAAUGUUAAAUAUAAUGCUCCAACCUCGCAUAUUACUCCAUCAGUCAAGAAAAGAAGCAGCACCUUAUCUCAAUUACCGAGUGACAAAUCUAAAGCCUUUGAAUUCCUCAGUGAAGAAACUGAAGCCAGUUUAGCCUCACGCAGAGAGCAGAAGAGAGAGCAGUAUCGCCAAGUGAAAGCACAUGUUCAGAAAGAGGAUGGUAGAGUGCAAGCAUUUGGCUGGAGUCUACCUCAGAAGUACAAACAGGUGGCAAAUGGUGGCCAGGGUGACAAUAAGAUGAAGAACUUGCCUGUACCUGUUUACCUGAGACCUUUAGAUGAGAAGGAUACCUCUAUGAAGCUAUGGUGUGCUGUAGGGGUAAACCUCUCAGGAGGGAAAACACGAGACGGCGGGUCUGUGGUUGGUGCUAGUGUAUUCUACAAUGAUGUGACUGGUAUGGAUGCAGAUGGCAACAAGCAGCAAACAGGAUCGCAAAGUAGCUUAGACAGACUAGACCAAGAGCUCAAGGACCAGCAGAAGGAGCUGAAACAUCAGGAAGAAUUAUCCAGUCUAGUUUGGAUCUGUACUAGCACGCAUUCUGCUACCAAAGUUAUCAUUAUUGAUGCUAAUCAACCAGGAAAUAUUCUGGACAGUUUCAUUGUUUGCAAUUCUCAUGUCCUUUGUAUUGCUAGUGUACCAGGGGCAAGGGAAACAGACUAUCCUGCAGGAGAAGAAGGGUCUCAAGAAGCAGAUCCUAGUCAAAUGGACAAGUCAUCUCUGUGUGGAAGUAUGACUAGCAACAGCUCUGCAGAAACCGAUAGCUUGCUAGGAGGAAUAACAGUGGUUGGCUGUACUGCAGAGGGUAUCACAGGAGCACCUGUAGCUCAUGAUGCAAAUGGUGGCUCACCAAUGACAGAUAAACAGUCAGAUAUUGCAACUGAAAGUAAUUCAGUAGAUGAGAACAUUCCAACAGCAGAGGAGGCAACAGAAGCAACAGAAGUCAAUGCAGGGACAGGAGAAGACACAGCUGAUAUUGCACAAACUGGAGUCUAUACAGAGCAUGUCUUUACAGAUCCUCUGGGAGUGCAGAAUACAACAGAGGCGUCUCCAGUGUACCAACCUAGUACUGAGUCAGAGUUAUAUAAAGACAUCGCAGUUUUGCCAAAUGAGCAAGAUCUAGUGAGAGAAGAAGCACAGAAAAUGAGUAGCCUUUUACCGACAAUGUGGCUUGGAGCACAAAAUGGAUGCCUAUAUGUUCAUUCGUCAGUGGCCCAGUGGAGGAAAUGUGUUCAUGCCAUUAAACUUAAAGAUUCUAUUCUCAGUAUUGUACAUGUAAAAGGAAUAGUAUUAGUUGCACUAGCUGAUGGAACACUAGCAAUAUUUCACCGAGGAGUUGAUGGUCAGUGGGAUUUGACGAACUAUCACCUCUUAGACCUGGGCCGGCCACAUCAUUCGAUAAGAUGCAUGACAGUGGUACACGACAAAGUCUGGUGUGGCUACAGGAACAAAAUCUAUGUUGUCCAACCAAAGGCCAUGAAAAUAGAGAAGUCAUUUGAUGCACACCCAAGAAGAGAAAGCCAAGUGAGACAGCUAGCAUGGGUGGGUGAUGGGGUAUGGGUGUCUAUUCGUUUGGACUCCACCCUGCGUCUCUAUCAUGCACACACGUAUCAGCAUCUACAAGAUGUGGACAUUGAACCUUAUGUAAGCAAAAUGCUAGGUACUGGUAAACUGGGAUUCUCAUUUGUGAGAAUCACAGCUCUUAUGGUGUCUUGUAAUCGUUUAUGGGUAGGAACAGGAAAUGGUGUCAUCAUCUCCAUUCCAUUAACAGAAACUGUAAUCCUCCACCAGGGACGUUUACUGGGGCUGAGGGCUAAUAAAGCAGCAGCAAGCUCCGGAAACCGUCCGGGGAGUGUAAUACGUGUAUAUGGCGAUGAAAACAGCGACAAAGUGACUCCGGGAACAUUCAUACCAUAUUGUUCAAUGGCACACGCGCAGCUUUGCUUCCAUGGGCACCGUGAUGCUGUUAAAUUCUUUGUCGCAGUACCUGGUCAGGUUGUUUGCCCACAGAGUAGUGGUGGAACAGAGCUAACAGCUGAUAAACCGGCCCAAGAGUCCUUCAACCAGAGCCCCUUAAAAUCAAUGUUGGUGAUAAGUGGUGGAGAAGGAUAUAUUGACUUCAGAAUGGGUGAUGAAGGUGGAGAAUCUGAACUCCUUGGAGAAGCUCUACAACUUGAACCUUCCGUAGCCAAAGCUGAGAGGAGUCACUUGAUAGUGUGGCAAGUAAUGUGUGGCAGUGAGUGAGCCUGUAGGAUGCAGCUGGAGACCUUAAAG